AGAUGGCGGCGGUGCGCGGGCUGCUGGCGGCGGGGCUGUUCCGCGGGAGGGUGGCCAUCGUCACCGGCGGCGGCACCGGCAUCGGCAAGGCCAUCGCCGCCGACUUGCUGGCGCUAGGUUGCAGUGUUGUUAUUGCAUCUCGUAAAUAUGACCGAUUAAAAGCUGCUGCAGAAGAACUGAAUAAUACGUUUUCUUCCAUGAGUCCUGCCAAAGUGACUCCCAUACAGUGCAACAUCCGCAAAGAAGAUGAGGUGGAAGCUUUGGUGAAGUCUACGUUGAGUCUGCAUGGGAAGAUUGACUUCCUGGUGAAUAAUGGAGGAGGCCAAUUCACAAGUCUUUCUGAAAAUAUCAAAGCAAAAGGCUGGAAUGCUGUGAUAGACACAAAUCUGACAGGGACCUUCUACUGCUGCAAAGCAGUGUACAAUGCCUGGAUGCAGGAGCAUGGAGGAGUCAUUGUCAACAUUACUGCUUCCAUGAGAAAUGGGUUUCCUGGAAUGUCGCAUACAGCAGCUGCAAGAGCUGCAGUCAACAACCUAACCAAGACUUUAGCUUUAGAAUGGGCCCACAGUGGAGUAAGAAUCAACAGCGUUGCUCCUGGGAUGGUAUUCUCUGAAACCGCUGUUGCAAACUAUGGAGAACAAGGUACAAUGAUGUUGUUGCAGCUCAUACCAAAGAUUCCUGCCAAGAGAUCAGCAGUUCCUGAGGAGAUCACAACAGAUGGCCCUCACUACCAGAAGGAAAAAAUUCUGAAAUGCUUAAAAAGCUUCUUUCUGGCGAGUUCAAGCCAAAGCUGUAAAAGAAUGAGAUUUUGCCUUAUUCCCAGUUGCACACUUGCUGAUAAUCUCACUUUGUGAUUUAGGCUUAUUAUUCUCAGUAAUACAAUUUUUUUGCUUGUAGGUAGCUACCUUGAGUGCCUUGAUUUUCAUUGAUUUCUAUUUAAAACUUGAAAGGCUCUACAGAGUAAAUUUCAUCUCUGAAAACACUCACUGUGCUGAAAACAUUUAGUCUCUUGGGAAGGGAUGAAAGACAAAUUCUUCAUUUGCACAGGCAUUAAGUAAUGAAGAAUCUCAGUGGGAAGUGAAUCCAAAAAUACUCUUUUUUGAAGUGAAGGGGCAUAGAGGUAAGGUUUCAGAAUCUUCUCUUCUGGAUGAACUUGAGGAGAUGGUAAUUUAAAUCUAUGUUACUAUUAGUUGCAUCAGUAACCCUUGAGGUAGCUGUUUACACUAUGUUCAGCCAUGUACUGAAUGUUCAAUAGUGAUUUUAAAUAUCAAGUACAUAAGUGUUUCUCUGAAAAUAAUUAGAAAUAAGACAGAAUACUGUUAUUAAUAUUUUAAACUAAUAGCGGUGUAUUGUAUUUGGAAUGUUUUGCAUUGUUUGCAGAUAUGACAAUGGUGUUAAGCUGGCUGCAACUCACAUUUUAUAAAAAUCAGAUAAUAAACAACCUUUAACAUGCAUUGAUGGAAAACAGUAUCGAUUCAACAAUCUCACGUGCAAAAUCUUGAAGCAAAAGCUGUGGUGAUAUUGUAGUGCUUUCUGCAGUAUGCUACACUGUUAAAAGAGAAACUUGGAAUCCUUCCUGUACCAAUUAAAAUGCUUUCUAUCCA